AUGGCGCCCCGUGCGCGCGCCGCGCGCCGGGGCAUCGCGCUCGCCGCCUGCAUCCUCGGCUGGGGGCCGCGGGCGCCCGCGAGCCCCGGCUCCGCCUUCUGCGCCGGGCUUUGCGCUCUCGCGGCGGCGUGCUCUUUCCCCUCGGCGUCGGACGUCGGGAGAGGGCAGGGGGGCGCUCACGCCCAGAGCACGGGGCAGGGGCCUGGGUCGCGGUGGGCGGGUGGGGCGAGGGAGGCCCUGCCGCGCGCGAGGCUCUCGAGGUGCGUGCAGCUGGGGGACGCUGCGGGGGCGAAGAUGCGGGAGGUGCAGGCGCGGCCGAGCAUCGACGUUGUGGACAAGGGGGGCGAGUACGACGCCCAGGGCAAGUACGUGGCCGACGUGCAGACGGCGGCGGACCGCGAGGUGGAGGAGCUCUGCCUCGCCGAGCUGGGCGCGGAGUUCCCCGGCGUGCGCCUCGUCGAGGCCGCGGGCGGUGCCGCCGGCGUGGCGGCGGCGCCCGCCGCGGGCGUGCCGCCCCUCACGUCGCCCGCCGCCCUGGCGGCGCUGGGCGCCGCGUGGCCGGAGGAGCUGCGGCGCGUCGAGGCGGGGCUCGCCUCAUCUCGAAGACCAGACAGCGGCACGAGCAUGAGUUCUCUCUGGAUGCCCGCGCGGACCCCCGAGAGCUCAUGCUGUCGAGCUCUUUGCUCUUCUGACCUCGACCCUCUGGACGGCACGGGCGAGUUCGUGCGCGGCAACCUCGCGCCGGUCACGAACCUGCUCGGCAUCGCCGUGGACGGCGUGCCGGUGGCGGGCAUCAUCAACCAGCCGUGGGCGCCCGGGCUGCCGGAGGGGCGCACGAUCUGGGGCGGGCCGGGCGUCGGGGUGCACGGGGCCAGCGUGCGGGCCGAGCCCCCGCCGGGCUCCAUCUGUACCAACCGGGUGGUGCGCAGCACUCGCUGCGCGGGGGCGCUCGGGGCCCUCGGCGUCACUCCGGAGAGGGACGCGCAGCGUGUGAGCGCGACGGGCUUCAACAUCCUCUGCGUGGUCGAGGGCUCCUGCUCCCUCUUUGUGCUCACCAGGCAUGGCACCAAGAAGUGGGACAUCUGCGGUGGUGAGGCCCUCUUGAGGUCUGUCGGCGGCGUCCUCACUGAUGCCGUCGGGCGGCCGUAUCACUACGGUUCAAACCCAGCUACUCACCAGAACUUCUGUGGGGUGCUGGCCUGUCGUGAUCCCGCGGCUCACGCGGAGGCGGCGAGCACCAUAUCUGAAUCCGUAGCGCCGUGGCCUUUCGACGUCGAGGAUAUCGCCCACAGCGACGCGCCGCUCAAGAGGCAGGUCUGCUCCUGCCUGGCGCAGAUCGCCAAGCACUCGGUGGACCUGGCGGAAGUGGUCGUGGAGGCCGAGAUCUUCCCCCGGAUCCUGCACUGCCUGAAGGACAUGGACGAGUUCGUGCGGAAAAACGCGGCGACUUGCAUCAGGGAGAUUGCGCGCCACACGCCCGACCUGGCCAAGCUCAUCGUGAACGCCGGUGGCGUGGCCGCCAUCGUUGACUACAUCACCGAGGCGCGAGGCAACAACCGCCUCCCAGGCCUCAUGACGCUGGGCUACAUCGCAGCGUUCUCCGAGACGCUGGCCCUCGCCGUGGUGGUCUCCAAGGGCAUCCCUCCCCUGAAGGACGCUCUCAUCAACGAGCCCGAGGACCACAUCAAGGCCGCCUCGGCCUGGUCGCUGGGCCAGAUCGGGCGCCACUCCCCGGACCACGCCCGCGCACUGGCGGAGGCGGACGUGCUGCGACGCCUUCUCGCCGUGUACCUGCACCAGGACUCGAGCGAGGAUUUGCAGACGAAGGCCAAGCGCGCCCUCAAGAGCGUCGUUCAGAAGUGCACGCACCUUCCGGCGCUGGAGCCCUUGCUUGAGGCCCCCCCGAACAUCCUCAAGUACGUCGUGCAGCAGUUCGCCAAGGUCCUCCCCAACGACCUCAACGCCCGCCGCACGUUCGUGCAGUCCGGCGGGCUGCAGAAGAUCCAGGAGGUGAAGGCCGAGGCUGGCGGCGCGACCGAGAGCCUCGAGCCCGGGCGCGGUCGGAGGGAGGGAGGGGGUGUGGGGGAGGGGAGGGCGGGGGUGAGGGACGAGCGCACUCAGGAUGCUGAAGUGUGGACCACCUUGAGCUCGGGAGGGGCUCUGGUUUUCGGGCCUUUCCUCGGGUCUAUGUCGGGUGACCUCUUCGGGGCCGAGGCUCGCCGUGGCCACAAAAGCUCCUUCUUUCCUCAUGGUAGCACGAUGACAGUUGAGAUGACGGUGAUGACGUUGAUGAUGCUGAUGAUGCUGAUGAUGAUGGUGGUGAUGCUGGUGGUGGUUGUAAUAAUGAUCAUGACGGUGGUGGUGCUGAUGAUGUUGGUGCUGCUGAUAAUGAUGGAGAUGAGGAGAAGGAGGAGCACGAGGAGGAGGAGGAGGAGAAGGAGAACGAGGAGCAGGAGGAGGAGGAUGAAGAGGAGGAGGAGGAGGAGGAGGAGGAGGAGGAGGAGGACGUGUCAGGAGGAGGAGGCGAAGGAGGAGGAGGAGGCCGCAGCCAUUUUGGCUGAAGCCAUUUUGGCUCAAGCUUUUCAGCCCUCUGCACAGGUGCCCCCCGUGGCAGCAGAGCGGCUUGAGCUUGGCUCUGUCCUCACUGGAUUUCUUGCUGUCCGUUUUCUUUCUACAUCCGAGUCCGGGCGCGGUACGGAAGGGGGAGCUGUUGCUUACAGGUUUUUUCGAGCCCUCGUGCGGGCGGGAUCGAGCCGCCAUGUCGUGGCAGCGACUGCAGCCGCUCUCUGGCGUCCCAUCCUGAGCUGCGAGGCGGCUGGCACAUCAACGCUUGACACUGGCGACUUUGAAAUCAAGACGGGGAUCGGCGCUCGGUUCGACAAGGCCCGUCUUGCUCUUGAAGGUCUCGACCGAGCUGGGAGGCAAGGGGUGCGAGCAGACCUUGACGGAUCCACCAAGGCGUUUCGCAAGUAG